AUGACAUCUCAAGCAGUCACCGAGUCACUUGAAAUGACGGACCGCCCAGUACCGUCCACCACUACUGCGCCGGAAGAAGCAGACAGUUCCGAAUCCUCGGAUGCUUCUUCUGCAGGCACACUGAAGCAUGAGACUACUCAAGGAAACACUCAAACAGUCACACAUGAGCUUUUACCAUCGAAUAGCGGAAACAAGAACGCUAAACGGUCGCAAGUACCAAUGCACAUCGAACACCCCUUCAAGAAGCAUGUCCUGUACUCCAUAGUUACAGUCAUUGCCAUCGGUAUUGCCUCCCUGGCAUCUGUUUGCUGGUUGAUCGCCUACAUCCAGACAAGGUCCAAGAAUGAGCAUCCUUACAUCACAGCUGAGAUAGUUGGAGGAAGAUUCUCUUCAACAGCAGCCAAACUUAUUGAUGCCGCCUUCUCUAUGUUGGUAGCACCAGCCAUCGUCGCAAUCGCCAACUGGCACAUGUUCAAACUCGCUCGACUUUCUGCUGUUAACGAGCACCGCGGAAGAAGCUCUGCAGUCAGCAUGAAGGUUCUCGUCGAGGUUGCCAACACUGAUUGGGGUUCGUUCAGUCCACUUAAAUUCUGGACCUUUGCUCGUUCAAAAAGACCUCGUGUUAUUUGCCUUGGGGCCAUCGCUGUGCUUUCAGCUUUGAGUUUUGCUUUGCUGAGCAACGUCGUCGCAUAUCAAGCCGGAAUGAUGCUCGAGUACAUUGUCAGAGGACCUUCAAAACAAGCUCAGCAGUUUACAGUCCUCGAGGCUCGAAUCAGCAACUGGAGGGCUUCUCAGAGCCAAUGUGUCGACCCGGUCACAAGGGCAACUGCCUCAAGAUGUCAAGAAGCUUUUCGACGCGCCCGUCUACCGCCUCAACCUGUCCUGCACAAGUUCCACUCCUAA